AUGACAGACACACACGACGCAUCAACAACAUUAGAUGACAUAAUUAACGAGCUAAAACUAACAUACGAUGCAUCUAAUGGUUUAUUGGAUGGUGAUUCAAUUCGGAACAUUCCCAAUGUAAACACAUUAACCAACUUGAACAAGUUGUUUAGCAAUUUGAAAAGCCAAUUAAGCCAGAUAGAAAAGAGCGAUGAAACAGUUUUGAAGAAAAUUGAGGCAACUCAAGGCGGUGAAGAUGAAACAAAGAAGCGUUCUAGUGAGGUUUUAGAAGAUCAAGAUGAUAAUGACGUCAAGAAAAGAAAGCUAGAUACGACAGCAGAGAAUGAUGUAGAAGAGCCCACAGGGGAAAAAGAAAGGCUAAACCUGAAAGACGAUCCUGUACCCCCAGUUCAAUCAGGGUCUUUUUCUCGUGAUAACGAUACCAGACUCAGGAAUCCCAAAUCUGAGUAUGUGGAGCCUCAAGUGCUAUCGGCUGAGGCAAUCUCAGCACUUGGGCUAUAUUCCGAGGAUAAUCACGGCUUGGAAACACAUGGAAAAGAGUAUUUGAAGAAGAAAUAUGGAGUAGCCUCUUAUCCAGAGAAUGAUCUACAAGACUUACUACCUGGAAAGAUACCAAACAUCGAUUUUUCCAAAAACAAGCCACCCACAAAUCAGGUUCAGUUUAGCACUUUCCAAUCUUACAUAGAGUCCUACUUUCGUCCAUUUUCAAAUGACGACUUGAAAUUUCUUGAGGAGAGAAAUGUAAUCCCACCUGGGUUUGAAAAGUUGGGCUACGACCCUGACGUGUCACCUUUUAUCAUUCCUAGAUUGGGUAGAUUUUAUGCUGAUGUGUGGGCUGAAGAAGAUGCCACUUUGGCAGCCAAACUCAACUCUCCAGCACUUCAUGGUAACCAAAAUGAUGGCUUCAAAGCCAAAGGAUCGAUAAACAUGUUGAGUGAUGAUAAACUUUACACAGAAGAAGUCUCAUGUGGUCCCCUUUCAAGUCGAUUGCUAUCAGCAAUACUAAGCAAUCAUGAGGUGGCGACUGAAGAGGACGAGCAAGGGGGCGGCGGUGGUGUGAAAAGUGAGCUCGGAUCUAACCAUUCUGACAGUUUGCUCGCUCAAGACGAGGUGGCUACCCAAUUAAAUAGCAAUGAAGAUUACAGAAUAACCACCGAUGCAAAUGAUUACCAGUCAAUCGAGGAUAGACUCAAGCGUGAACUCAAGUUCAUUGGUAUAUUUAUGAACUUGCCAACCAAAGAUGAUGGGAAAGCCAAGGCAAAUAAGUUAUCAGGACGGAUACCCAAAAAACUGUCGAUAAGCAUUGUUGAUAAUGAUGAAUGGAUACGAAAUAAAGAGGAUGACGAAGUUUGUGCCGAGAUAAGGUCUUUGCAGAACGAGUUACGAGAAGUUUCAAGUAGAAACAGGGCAAACAAAAGAAAGUUGUUCCCAAUAGUUCAAGAUAGUAUUGCAUACCAGGAGUACUCUACAAUCUUGGAGGACCUAGAUAAGCAAGUUGAUCAGGCAUUCAUGAAAAGAUCAAGAGGCAAAGGUAAAAAGAAAAAGAUUGAUGCAAAUGCACCACAACAGCAAGCUGUCAAUAGCGGACUUCGAGCACUUUUGGAAAAACGAAGAAGAUGGAUAGACUCCAUUGGUAAGUUGUUCCCGCCACCUGAGAUUAUGAAACGUGAACCAUCGGAGCUGGUGCUUAUAAAAGAGGGUACAGUUGAUGUCGAGUUGAAUGAAGAAGAAGGUGAUAAUACGGGUCCCAACGCUGUGGAUUUAAUUACACAAUAG